AGUUCGUCGUGUAUAGUUUUAAAUAAAAUUGUUUCGGACUUUAUAUUAAAUAAGUUUCGAAGUGUGUGCACUUUGCUGGCAAGAGCACAUCACUAUUUAACAUAGUAAAACCAGUAUAAAUAAUUUUAUGUAUAGGAGUAGAAAAUGGAAUGACUUGCCAAAGCGUAGAGCAUUUCGAGUGUGUUAGAGAGAGAAAGCGGUGAUGCAAACGUUGCUGCGCCGCUCCGUGUUGCCACUUGGCAGAUAAAAUUGUAAUUUGUAUGAAUACUGUUAAAUCCGAAAUGGAUUCGCAGAUAGUUGAUAUGCAAAUAUAUUAAAUAUUUAUGAGAACGGACAGAAUUGAAGAAGUGUUUCCUGUUAAAUCUGUUCGACAAUAUUCGCGCCAAUGAAACAUAGUGAUUAGGGCAAGUUGGCAGCUCUAGUACUCUCGUGCUCAUUAAUUAGUUCGCAUUUUAAGGAGACGAAGGUAAAAUUUAGAUAGCGACGCGUUUCAUGUAAAAUACAACCAUUUUACAAUAAAAUAAAAACUUUGUGAAAAUCCUUAUCACUGAGUGCGUGUGUGUCGCGUAUAUGUUGCAAACGCAAGCCGUUUGCUCAAGCCCAAUAGCCAGUACAUAGUUACAAAUAUAAAAUAAAACACAAGCUAAACAAUGAUGAAAAUGGAGACUGACAAAAUGGACGAGACUAACAACUCCAACGCACAACCUUUCACAACAACAAUGUUGUACGAUCCGGUGCGCAAGAAAGACUCAUCGCCCACAUAUCAGACGGAGCGGGAACUCUGCUUUCAGUACUUCACCCAAUGGAACGAGGCGAGUCAAGUGGAUUUUGUGGAGCAGUUAUUAUCGCGAAUGUGCCACUAUCAGCACGGACAAAUCAAUGCCUAUCUAAAGCCAAUGCUGCAGCGGGACUUCAUAACGUUGCUGCCAAAAAAAGGUCUGGACCACAUUGCGGAAAAUAUUUUAUCGUACUUGGAUGCAGAAUCUCUCAAAUCGGCUGAAUUGGUUUGCAAAGAAUGGCUGCGCGUCAUCUCCGAGGGCCAGCUCUGGAAGAAGCUCAUCGAACGAAAAGUGCGCACAGAUUCGCUGUGGCGUGGUCUGGCCGAGAGGCGCAAUUGGAUGCAGUUUCUAUUCAAGCCACGGCCUGGGCAAACACAACGACCGCACUCAUUCCAUCGUGAGCUGUUCCCCAAAAUCAUGAAUGAUAUUGAUAGCAUAGAAAAUAAUUGGAGAACCGGACGUCAUAUGCUGCGACGCAUCAACUGUCGUUCGGAGAAUUCAAAGGGUGUCUAUUGUCUGCAGUACGAUGAUGGUAAAAUAGUGUCCGGUUUGCGUGACAAUACUAUUAAGAUAUGGGACCGCACGGAUUUGCAGUGCGUAAAGACGCUUAUGGGACACACGGGCUCAGUGCUUUGUCUGCAAUACGACGACAAGGUCAUCAUAAGUGGCUCAUCCGACUCAACGGUGCGUGUGUGGGAUGUCAAUACUGGUGAAAUGGUCAAUACGUUGAUACAUCAUUGCGAAGCGGUGCUACAUUUGCGUUUCAAUAAUGGCAUGAUGGUUACCUGUUCAAAGGAUCGUUCCAUUGCUGUCUGGGAUAUGACAUCGCCCAGCGAAAUAACUUUGCGUCGUGUCCUCGUCGGUCAUCGUGCCGCUGUCAAUGUGGUUGACUUCGAUGAGAAGUACAUUGUCUCGGCCAGUGGUGAUCGUACCAUUAAGGUCUGGUCGACAUCGAGCUGUGAAUUUGUGCGAACGCUAAAUGGCCAUAAGCGUGGAAUUGCAUGUCUGCAAUACCGUGAUCGAUUGGUUGUCAGCGGCAGUUCGGAUAACUCUAUAAGACUCUGGGACAUUGAGUGCGGUGCUUGUUUGCGUGUCUUGGAAGGUCACGAAGAGCUCGUCCGUUGCAUACGCUUUGAUACGAAGCGUAUUGUCAGCGGUGCCUACGAUGGCAAGAUCAAGGUUUGGGAUUUAGUGGCAGCGCUGGAUCCGCGAGCCGCCUCCAACACGCUGUGCCUAAAUACGCUUGUGGAACAUACUGGACGAGUUUUUCGACUUCAAUUCGACGAGUUCCAGAUUGUUAGUAGCUCGCAUGAUGAUACAAUUUUGAUAUGGGACUUUCUCAAUUUCACACCCAAUGAAAAUAAGACAGGCCGCACACCAUCACCGGCCCUUAUGGAACAUUAACAUUUUGUAAAAAUGCAGCUCCGCGACUUUCAACUAUACUCAUCAAGCGACGAGGAUGGCAGCAAUAAUAAUGGUGAUGAUGAUGAAAAUGAUGUCGAUGUUGAUGAUGAUGAUGACUAUAAUAUUCGCGAGUUGUUUGAAAAUGAAUUAUGGAAUGAUAAUUAGCCAGCACACACAGCAUUGAGACCCGUCUAUAAUAUUAUGAACCCAAGAUACAGCGAUCUCUGAGCGUAAAUUUAUACUGAAAGCUUCUAAAUAAAAAAACGAACUAAAUGAAAACAUGAAAGUUAAAUGAAAAACACACAUGCAUAAAAAAUAAAGGAAUCAAUUAAGUUAUAAAAAAA